AUGGCAGUACCCCAAUCAAAGAAUAGCAACAGCAAGAGUCUGUCGGCGUCAGGGGCCAGGUUUCGUCAGCGGAAGAUUUCCGUCAAACAACCGUUGGUGAUUUUCAAGCUGAAGGAUUUACCAGCUCAGGACGUUGCCAAUGAACUUGAACCCAGUCAGAUCCAUCAUUUGAACAAUUCGGGUGCUUCGGGUCAGCAACGAGAUAUUAAUUCAAUCGAGACCGGUGUGGAUAAGAACGAAGAAGACGAAGUCCAUCUUCAGCAAGUUAUUAAUGCGGCCCAACGAGCGUUAUUGAGUUCCAAGAACGACGAUUCCAAGAAAGAUGUAUAUAUUCCCACCCCGGAUGCCUCCAGAAUAUGGCUGGACGCCCACAAGUACUACAAUGACCACGACUUUGUCGAACCCGACAUCUAUAUUAAGUACAGUGCACAGGUGGAAGAUACAAUUGGUGUUGAUUAUAAUAUGGAUGAAGAAGAUGAAGAGUUUCUACAGAAAAAGAUUAAUGCCAAAGAUACAAAGAUUUCGGAGUUGGAGUUCGAAAUGGUCAUCAGCAAAUUUGAAAAAUUUAUAGAAGAGAAGCAACCUUACUUAUCCAUGGAUCCCUCAAAGAUUUUACCUUAUAAAGAACUAAGCUCAUACAUUAUAGAAGAGGUGAAAUCUUCGAGCAAAGGUAAUCCAUACGUUCAAAUGGGAACUGAUUUGAAGUAUAUUUCUUCAAACACCCUUAAGGAAAGACUUCUGAAAGAGUUGAACUUUGAGCCUUUUAUUACGUCCUUUGACAAGAAUCCUAAAAGUGAUGAUAAGAAGAAUACGCCCAGGGCCAUCACUAAAUUGUUAACACUUUUUGGCGAGACGAUUUACAACCACUGGAAGCAACGAAAAAUCGAACGACAUGGCAAAUCCAUCACUCCAUCUUUGAAAUAUGAAGACCCCAAUGCUAACGAAAAGGACAAUGAUAAUGACCCAUACAUUUGUUUUAGAAGGAGAGAAUUCAGACAAGCCCGUAAAACCAGAAGAGCCGAUACCAUUGGGAUUGAAAAAAUCCGGUUAUUACAAAAAUCUUUACAUAGGGCCCGUGAUAUCAUGUUCAAUGUCAGUCAGAGGGAGAUUUUAAAGUUGGAGUAUUUUAGACUGGAAGCUAAAGUAUUCAAAUUAAGAUGUGAAGCAAAGGCUGCCAAAAGAGCUGCUGAUAUCAGUGUCGAUGAUGAUUACUUAUUUUACCCUCACAAGAAGAAGAAGAUUCAAAGGGUCAAACAAGAGGAAGAAGAAGAAAGAGGAAGAGAAAGAGAAAGGGAACUCGCCAAAAUCAAACGCGAGAAGAAAUAUGGUAGAGAUCCAAGAAUGGCAGAUGUUAAUAUCAGUGCCAUCAAUGGUAACCUCAGACCAGACGGCACUUCUUCUUCAACCCAACCUUAUGUCAAGUUACCACCUUCUAAGAUUCCUGAUUUGGACUUGGUGACUGUUUCCUUGGUUUUGAAGGAGAAGAACGAAACCAUCAAGAAGGCCGUCUUGGAUAAGUUACGCAAGCGGAAAGAACAAGAUAAAGGUUAUGUCAACUUUACUGAUGAUCCUUUCCAGCCUUAUUUCAAUAUAUCCACUAACAAAAAGAUUUCGUCAAAAGAGUUGAAGCAUAUUCCCUAUUCUUCAAUUGCGUCAGCUGACUUCCACCAAAUGAAUACAUCCAACUCACUCAGUAACAAAUUGAAACAUAUCUUGGAGGAUGGAAAUAAGCCAUUACCUGGUUCCAAGACCUUUGAUGGGAAGAGUGGUGAAUUGAUUCCCUUAAAGCCUUUUUCUCAUUUGCAAAGUUUGCUUUCUGGAUAUUCUAGUUCUUCUCAAAAGAGUUAUAUUGCAACUUUGUUGCAAAAUAUAGAACUGCGGAGCUUCAAUUCUUACACAAAUGGGUACGGUAAUGCUGAAGUUGAGGAAGAAACCAAUGAAACCAAUGUGUCUGACCCUGUAUUCAGAUUAAGAAGAAGAGUGGGACGCUUCAACAGAAACUUUAUUGACCGCAGAAUUGUCCACCCCGCAAAGGAAUAUGACCCUAUAGAUGAAUUUGUGAACCUUUCAAGUCAAAAUGACGAGGCUAACGAAGACAAAUCUGAAACUGAUGAAGAUACCAGCUCCCAUGUAUCAUCCUUGACAGAAAACAAGAAUGUCGUCAAUGUGUACAGUUCCACUGAUGAUUCUAUCAAGAGAUGGAAGUCGCACUGGUUGUUUGAUAAUGAAUCGUCCAAGGAAUAUGAGACAAACGUUGAUUCUCCUUUCAGUUUAGAUCCUUCAAAAUUGAAUAGCAUCAGCGAUGAGACUCAGUCAAUUAGAUUCGGUUCUAUGUUGUUAUCUAAAUCAUAUGAAUUGUUGAGGGAAUCCGUGCAUCAAAGACAGCAGGCAUACAUUCAGCAAGUGAGAAUGAGAGCUGCUCUUCAACAGCAACAAAUGAGAAACAAUGCUCGUCAGUUGCAACAACAAAGAGCUCAACUCGCCUCUGCCAAUGGUGAAUCUACCGGGAAAGCUUCCAAUGUCCCCACCUCACAAACCAGUUCAAGCAAUGCAUCUCAAGUUCCUGUUACGAAUAGAGCCCCAAGUAAUAUUGCCAGCUAAUGAAAUCAUAGCGCAGGUAGCUACCAUCGCCAGCCGCUGACAUAUCUGUAUCAUAGUUUGUAGCAUCAUAAUAUAAUAGUGUGCAUUA